AUGGAGAGGAAGAACCAGAGUGGGAGAGUGAGUGAGUUUGUGUUGCUGGGCUUCCCAGCUCCAGUACCACUGCGGGCACUAUUAUUUGCCCUUUCUCUGUUAGCCUAUGUGUUGGUGCUGACUGAGAACAUACUCAUCAUUGUGGCAAUCAGGAACUACCCCAGCCUCCACAAACCCAUGUAUUUCUUUCUGGCUAAUAUGUCCUUCCUGGAGAUUUGGUACGUGACAGUCACUAUUCCCAAGAUGCUGGCUGGCUUUAUUGGGUCCAGACAGGGCCAUGGACAGCUAAUCUCCUUUGAGGGCUGCAUGACACAGCUCUACUUUUUCCUGGGCCUGGGCUGCACUGAGUGUGUUCUCCUUGCAGUUAUGGCUUAUGAUCGCUAUGUGGCCAUCUGUAUUGUCAGUGGCCAGCUGUGUGUGCAGCUGGCAGCUGGCUCCUGGGCUGGAGGUUUUGGCAUUUCCAUGGUCAAAGUUUUUCUCAUUUCUCGCCUCUCUUACUGUGGCCCCAACAUCAUCAACCACUUUUUCUGUGAUGUCUCUCCAUUGCUCAACCUUUCAUGCACUGACAUGUCCACAGCAGAGCUUACAGACUUUGUCCUGGCCAUUUUUAUCCUACUGGGGCCACUCUCUGUCACUGGAGCCUCCUACAUGGCCAUCACCAGUGCUGUGAUGCGCAUUCCCUCCGCUGCUGGGCGCCAUAAAGCCUUUUCCACCUGUGCCUCUCACCUUACCGUGGUGGUCAUCUUCUAUGCAGCCAGUAUCUUCAUCUAUGCCCGCCCAAAGGCACUCUCAGCUUUUGACACCAACAAGCUGGUGUCUGUGCUUUAUGCUGUCAUUGUACCACUGCUCAACCCCAUCAUUUACUGCCUGCGCAACCAAGAAGUAAAGAGAGCCUUACGCCAUACUCUACACCUGCACCAGGGUCAUGACGCUAACUAA